AUGAGUAUCGAACCAACUUUUCAUGGAUAUAUCGAAACGACACAGGACACACUUCUUAUAUUUGAAGCAUGUCGAAAAGGUUGCCUUACAAAGAUAUGUCGGCGUCUUCAAGAGAAAGAACGUAAGAUCAUAACAUCAGGAAGUGUGUUUGUAUUUGACGAACGCGAAUCCGGAAUAAAACGUUGGACAGAUGGUUUAGUAUGGAGCCCAUCAAGGAUUCUUGGAAAUUUUCUUAUUUAUAGAGAAUUGGAUAAACGUCCUCCAACUGGUAAAAAAGAUUCUUCUCCAGUAGAACGUCAAAGGAGUGAUAGUGUUGAUAUGGAAUCACAAUCUGAAAAAAAUAAAGAACGCGCAUUAGUUGGUAGUUUAACAAAUACUUAUCGUUUUAAGAAAGGUGGUUUAAUCAAAAAAACCAUGUCAAUCAUGGUUAACGGUGUAAGCCAACAUAUGAUUAGUUAUUAUGCAAAAGAAGAUGUAUUGGCUGGUAAGCUCAAGACUCCAUCUUCAAUGCCAAACUUAGCCAUUCUCGAGAUUUCUCCAGAAUUCUUGUUAAAGCAAAAUUUUAGAAUACCUCCUGUGGUUGAGUCAAAUUAUGAACAAGAAUUAGAUGGUAUGACAUAUGGAAAACAAUCUUCUGCUUCACCACAUGCUAUCCUCCCAAAACCAGGUGAUGGUACCGUAAGUCCCGCACGACUAUCAAAUUUGGAUUUUCCUCCUUCUCGUAUAAAGAUGGAAAUAGAAGCUUCCAAUUCUUGUAUGCCUUACUCUAAUUACUCAUCAACGAUGCAUCCAGCAUCCCAUUUUGCUCCAUAUGCCUCACAAGGUCAUGUUCCUAAUGAGUCUGAUGGGUCACAUACUCUUAUGCCGCCAAUGCGUGCAUUAAUGAAUCGUCAAUCGUCUUUUCAUGAGUUCCCACCAAUUACUUCGCAUGUUAAUAAUAUAACUCCGUCACGGUUGUUAACUUCGCACCAACAACCGUUAAUUCCUAGCAUUGGUUCUCACCAAAACGAUUAUAAUUAUCAUACAACGCAAAAUAACACAAACACACAAAAUUGGUCUGGUUAUCAAUAUCCGUCAUAUUCAUCAAAUGCGCCACACGCUCUUCAUCCAUCUAUUAUGCCUUUGUAUGCUACUGGUAAUCCAUAUCAUGAUUUAUCACCUACAUCAUUCCCUGAAAUAUAUAAUCCGGUUCAUUCAUCUACCACCAAUUCUACUAUAUCACACUCACAUUUACAUCAACAUGAAUAUCAAGUGACAUCUCCAUCUCCAACACUUCCUUCUAUUUCUUCUCCCGCAAGUACUACCAGUACCUAUAGCUCAAGUAACGCGCCUGUAACACCGCCUCUUAAUUCGCCCGUAAAUUCUGGUUUCAAUUCCAAUUAUUCUUCUUCAUAUUAUCCAUCGCUGAUAAAAAACGAAGGAUUUCAACCUUAA